GACGGCCCUCGAAGUGACGGCUUCAGCUCGAGCCGCCCAACGCCAUUUUGGGAGUCAGAUUGUAAAUAUUACUAGUGAAGAAAAGCGCGUAGGACCACAUAUUUGUUCUUAAUAUGGUUCACACUUGCGUAGUGGCCGGUUGUCGGAACAGGAGGACACCUGGAACUGCAUUGUCUUUCUACAGGUUUCCACGGGACCCGGAGCGAAAGCAGCGGUGGAUUGCUGCUGUUAAUCGAGAGGGAUGGGUGCCAAACGAGGGCAGUAGACUCUGCAGCACACACUUCAUUUCAGGUAAACAAGUGAAGAAUCCUAGAUCUCCCGACUAUGUACCGUCAGUUUUCACUUCAGCACCACUGUCCCCGCAUAUGAAGGAAGCACGUGCCUGCGAACUUUAUGAUAAACAAGAGGCACAAGUGGAGGCAGCCAAUGCUUUGCUCUUCCUACAAGGACAAGGACGUUUUUUGGAGGACCAUGGCCAGAUCCAAAGUCAAGAAGAGCCAGAGAGUGUUUCCUCUUCACUAAGCAGUUGUGAUGAAGAGGAUGAGGAUAAUGAUGAAGAUUAUUUCAAAGAGGAAGAAAUCUCACUAACAAGUAUAAGCAAUGGAGGAAAACCAGUCAAAAAUAUCCCCUCCAAGUCCCCCGACUAUGAGUCCAGUCUUGAGGCCGUUAAGAAAGAGAAUAUGGAACUGAGGGAAUCAUUAGACAAGAUAUCACUUACAGAGGCAUCAUUCAGAAAUGAUCCAGAAAAGGUUAAGUUCUAUACAGGAUUGCCAAACUAUUUUGUGUUUGAGACCGUUAUGUUGCUUCUUGUGCCCCAUAUGAAAGGAGACAAAUAUGCAAAACUUUCAAAGUUCCAGCAACUGCUCUUGACACUAAUGCGACUAAGGCUUGAUUUGAAAAACCAAGAUUUGGCCUAUCGUUUUGGGGUAAAGGUUGCAACGGUGACCAGGACUGUCCAUCGGAUUAUUAAUAUAAUGUUCGCCACCCUGGUGCCCACUACUGUUUUUUGGCCAUCUAGAGUUGAGCUCAGGAAAAACCUACCUGCAUCUUUGCGUUCCACAUAUCCAGACUGCGCAGUGAUCAUCGAUUGCUUUAAGGUGUCUCUGGAAAAAGCUUUCAGUGUAGAUGUAAAUCAACAGGUUGCAUCCACAGCAUUGACAGUGCCUGCUCAGUCCACCCAGUCAGCCAUGGUGAAUGAGCUGAAGUAUGUGAUUGGUGUUGCUCCACAAGGUGUGGUUACAUUUGUCUCAAGGGGAACACCGGGUCAUGUCAGUGACAAGAAUCUAGUAGAGAGUUGUGGCCUCCUCUGCAAGCUCCUGCCAGGUGAUCUUGUGCUGGCUGAGCAUGAAUUCGACAUUGGGGACUUGGUGGUAGCUCGCAAAGCUGAACUCAAAAUCACUAGUAGAAACUACAUUGAAUGUAGCCAGAUGGGCCAAGAUGGAAAAGAUUCCUCACUUUUUGGCACAUUUUCAGAUAUGGCGAAUAUUCACAGGCAUGUUGGACGGGUUAUAGAGAUGGUCAAGAGGAGAUAUUCAAUGUUGACUGGACCAGUGGAGAGUCCAUUCACAGUCAUAGAUUGCACUACCAAUGUGAGCACUUUUGAUAAGAUAGUGCAGGUUGCCUGUGCCUUGAAUAAUCUGUGUAUCUCUGCUGCUCCCCUGGAGUGAUGUCUCACUCUACGGAAUACAAGUUUCUUGGCUGUUUGAAAGUGAUCUUGACCUGUAAAUUGGCUAAAUGCAUCUUUAUUUUUUUCCCUAUGUAUGCAGAACACUUUAUGUUGUUUAUCUCUGUUGUUAAAAGGGGAUUUUGACAUUUCUAAGAGCAUUUUAUGCAACCUAAGGACCAGUUUAUACUAAACAUAUUCAUCAGGCUCAGUUCACUGGACCAUCUACUGUUUUUUUUUUUUUUCUUCUUUUUUUUAUGAGGAACUUCCUCAUUCUAGUCUCUAGGCUGACUUUGUAAAUGCUCUGAUUUGAUAUGAGACAUUCCAUCAAUAGCUUAACUUUAAUCUGGUAUUUAGGAGAGCAGAGUCUGUAUGCUGAGAAUUUAAACAAUCCUUGGCACUGAUUGAAGAAUGUCUUCCAGAGAUGAUAAUAGUAAUAGUCAUAUGUUAUCUUGCCUUAGGUUCCAGUGCCUUCACCUGUGUGAUGCCUAUACCAUUUUUGCACUAAAUCAACAGUCCUUUGUUUUUUGAUGGCCUUACCACUCUACCAUGUAUUGUAAUUGUAUGUUAGUACCACAAAAUUGCAAUUGAGCUAUUUGCAUUCCUAUGUGGUUGUUGAUUUAAAUAAACAUUAACAUUUACACAAUAUAUUCCCUUUAGCUGGAUCCUGAAAUUUUGCCUUUGCACAUGUUGUUUCCCCAGCUAUCACUUAACUUUGUUUGUUUGUUCUGUUUAUCUAUGUUAUGGUUUGUAAAAGCAAUGAUGCUUGUGUUUAAUUUUUCACUUGAUUUUUGAUAUCAAGCUGCUUUAUUCAAGUGUUCUAAGUGCAAAGUUCACCAACGUGACUGGAAUAUGAUGUACUAUACUGUUGUAUAACAUGUAUGAAAAUAUCUGUCCAUAAAA